AUGGACACCAUCCCCACAUGCCCUUGCUGUAGGCUCAACCAGUGCCGGGCCAUUAUCUUCACCACUGCAGAAUCGUUUUGGGGGCCCCCGCUGGCCCCCUGCGCCCCCUGGUCCGGCGGCCCGUCCCCUACAGCUCCAGGGGGGCUCUCUUCGCUCGGGGUGACGUCCCCCUCGGUUAUGAGGCGUCUCUCUUCGGCCGAGUCCGAGUCGUGCACGUGCCGACUUGUGAUGGAUGAGAGGCUGCCUCGAAACCUCCGGCAAUCUCCAUUCGAGCUUGUUUUCAUAGGUCUCCCCAUAUCCGUCUCCAUGAUCACAGACUCCCCACUUUUGGUCUCGCCGAUGCCUUUGCAGCUCUCCCCAGAGGUCGGUGACGGGAGAGGCUUCAUCCUGAUGCUCUUCCUCCGGGUGUCCUUGUCUGCGUCUUCUCCUUCGCCCAUUAUGGAAGCUUUGUGUCCAAUGUGCUGUGGCAAACUGUAG